UGGUGAACCCGUAAGUAUUGCGAAAAGUCACGUCUUAAAACAUAAUCGCAGAACCAUAACACAUCUCUCAUUUCUCGUGAGCUAACCAUAACGAUCAAGAAAGAUUUUCUAAAAUUUCAGCAAUCGUGGCGAAGCUAUAUAAAAAGGAAGAGGAGAGCAAAAAGGUAAUGGAGGAAGAAGAGGAGGAGGAAGACGACACGUUCGAGGAUGCCGUGUGCAACAAGACACCAGCCAGAGUCAACACACCUUUGUCUAUAAUCACCGAGGCGUUCGAAAAUCUAGCUGAUCUUCUAAAACCCGACAUAACAACCGAAGAAGACGGUUUGAGUCUUGAUGCUUUCUGCAAUGCGUGUACGCACGUCUCUGUCCUCUUCAGCUGCCUAGGGUUCGCCUUCAAAUUUGCUGAGAUGGAGUACAUCUCCAAAGUUAACGAUUUGGUUGAAGCCUCGAAAACAUUAGACACGUUACAGAAUAUUUUGGACCUAGACGUGGAGAAAGAUACGGUGAAAACACCUGGAAGCCGUUCACGUAACCUGAGACGCGUGAGACUAGGGUUAGACCUAAUCCGAGCAAUCUUCGAGAAGUUCUUGAUGACAGAUGAGUACUCUUUGAAAGACGCUGCGACAACAGCUUACACAGAAGUAUGCGCACCGUUUCAUACAUGGGCUGUUAGAACCGCGGUUUACGCGGGAAUGUAUACGCUUCCGACGAGGGAUCAACUUCUGAUACGGCUCGAUGAAACUGAACAAUCUGUUGAGAAGAACAUGAGGAGGUACAUGGAAGCUUCACGUCCCAUCAUAGAGUAUAUUGACAAACUUUACAUUGAAAGGAACAUUAAACUCGACUGGUAACCAUUUUUGUUACUACGUCAGUUUUGUCUUUGUAAAUUACUAAUAUUACUAUUGAUAUUUUUUUGUCUUUGUCAUUGUAAAUUAAAAUGGAGCUUUUGUUUGAAGGCCAAAAAACGAGGGUUUGUCAUUGUCACUUGAUGUAAUACUCACGUUAAUCAAAUCAAAACGUUUUCAAAACUCCUUUUCUACACUACCAGUUUAUUUCUGAAGUUGACCGUUUGGUAUCGACAAAACUUUCAUUGGGUUUCGGUACUAAUGUUAUUUUUUCGGUUUUGGUCAAUUAUGUUAUAGGAUGCUUACUAGAAUUAUAUAUGAUCUACAAAGACGCACGUAGUCUAUAGGAUGCUUAAUAGAAUUAUAUAUCAUUAAUGACAAACUACUAGCAUCAUAGUCUGGGUGGUGUAGUCGGUUAUCACGCUAGUCUCACACACUAGAGGUCCCCGUUUCGACCAGGGCUCAGACAUUUUCUACUUUUUUCUAAAGGAAAAAUCCCUAUAUCAUUUAGUUGCUGGCUUGCUGCUGGUUCCAUUAUCCAUGUCCACUGGGUUCGGUAGAUACCCACUGUGGAAGAAUCCAUUUACUAGACGAUGGUUUAUAGCUUAAGUCUUCAUGACAUCAUCAAGCUACUAUAAUUUGUAAAAAGUUUAUGCGUAGUCUCACUCACCAAUAAAAUGCGUUAUCAUCUUAAUGUAAGGUUGUUGUACUGUACGCAAGAUUUAGUUAUCGAUAUUUGAAUUCUCUAAACGUUAUAAACCAACAAUUGUUCGAAGCUCCAUAAAAAGGGAAAAAAAAAGGAAUGCAGAGAAGAGAUGAGGUCCAUGACAGUAAGCUCCAAGCAACUAACUCGGUUCGUUCAUCCUAGGUACCAAAGUCUAAUAAAAACAUACAAAGAGUCUUCUCCUGCGUUCUAACAUUAAAAUACCGGAAAUUUCUAUAAGACCAAUACAAACCUUUUCGCCUACAUUUCCACAUGGUCUCGUUGGAACUCAUGGUUCUGUUAACAAUCUAUUAUUUUCUGUUUCUUUAUAUUGUUCUUGUACUUUCUUUAGAUAUAAUCUCUUAUUUGAUUUAUUUUUGUUUAAAGCCCAUCGAUCAUCCACUAAAAUCAUUUAGACUUUGUAAACAAAUAAUUUUAACACAGGAACGAAAUUUCGGCCUAUCAUUAAGAAGGUGUCAAAGAGGAUUGUUCAAGUAAAAGAUCGACACGCAAGUAUUGCUCCCUAUAGUGAGGGCAUCUGAGUCACAUGCUUCCACACGCCACCAAAGAGUUUGGAACUUCCCAUACACAUAUAUAAAAGUAUACAAUAGAUUGGCAUGCUUAAAUGGUGAACACAUCAUUCUGAGAACACGUGUUAGAGAGUCGUUCAUACAAACACCUUAAGAUGCUCCACGAAAAAAGGGAAUCUUAGUCAUGUGCUGUUCCUGAGCAUUUUUAUUUGACAUAUAUAUAUAUAUAUAUUUUUUAAAACUGUGGAGACUUCACAUGAGCUAUAUAAUAGAUGGUACUAGUGUUGGGCAUUCGGGUUUUCGGUUCGGGUCGGUUCGGUUUAUUCAGGUUGGGAUGUUUAGGAACCGUUUAGGAACCAGACAUUUUUCGGAUCGGUUCGGUUCGGAAAAUGUCGGGUUUGGAUUUGGUUUCUAUUUUUUUAUAAAACCCGAAGUGUAACCGUAUUACAAAUAAUUCGGGUUUGGUUCGGAUUUAAAGCCAAAAAACUGAAAAAAUUUCAAAAACCAGAGUUAAACCCGGAAAAACCGAAAAAAUAUUCGGGU